AGCGUGUAUUGUGCAGCUGCUUGCUUACUUGGAGCAGAGCUGCCUAUGCCUGCCUGGGGCCACUCCGGUGAUGAGGAGAGCACGACAGCACGUAUCUCGUUGGAUCGUUACCCCGUCCGGAAUAUUUUUUUUCUUCUUUGUAUCAUCAGUUAUCGCUCAUUAAAACUCCCCACGACCCCACGAACAGGUGCAAUGCAUGGCACCUGUUUCAUGGCUUGUAUGUGUUUGCUUUCCACAGUGAGGUAGACUGUUUGUUUUGGGACAUUUUUACCCUCUAGUUGCGGGACUUUGUUUUUGUUGUUGUUGUUUUUUUUCUCUUCAUCUCACUGGAUGCUUCCUCCCGGGUUGUCGCUCCAGCUCUGCGGUAGCAACCGGCUUUGAAGGGCGUGAAUUCCUUUUUGUGGCUUUGACCAAGUGGACGUGGAAUAUAUGUGCGGAGAUGCUGCUUCUGGUGCCCAUGUUGUGGCUGCUGCCUCUGAGCCGAGCGGCUCCCCCGCGGGCCGGUCGGGAGGACACCGGGGUGGACUGGCUGAGCAAGUUUGGUUACCUACCACCCCCAGACCCUGUGACUGGCCAGCUUCAGACCAAGGAGGCCCUGACUAAGGCCAUCAAAGCCAUGCAGAGGUUCGGAGGACUCAAGGAGACUGGAGUAUUUGAUGAAGCCACAUUGGGACUCAUGAAAACCCCCAGAUGUUCUCUGCCAGAUGUGCCUGCGGCUGAGGGGUCAGUGGGCCGCAUGAGACGCAGCCUGAACACUCCAAACAAAUGGACAAAGAGGCAUCUAUCUUGGAGAGUGAGGACGUUCCCAAAGGACUCGGCUUUACUGGGAAGGGACACGGUUCGCGCCCUCAUGCAUUACGCCUUGAAGGUCUGGAGUGACAUCGCGCCUCUCAACUUCCACGAGGUGGCAGGAAGCGACGCCGACAUUCAGAUCGAUUUCACUAAGGCCGACCACAAUGACGGCUAUCCCUUUGACGGGCCCGGAGGCACCGUGGCCCACGCUUUUUUUCCUGGAGAGAGAUUCACAGCUGGAGAUACGCACUUUGAUGAUGAUGAGGCGUGGACCUUCCGAUCGCCAGACUCUCACGGAAUGGACCUGUUUGCGGUCGCCGUCCACGAGUUUGGUCACGCCAUCGGCCUAGUCCACACCUCAGCCAUGGAGUCCAUCAUGAGACCGUACUAUCAGGGUCCUGUUGGAGACCCUCUGAAAUACGACUUACCCUAUGAAGACAAGGUCCGCGUCUGGCAGCUCUAUGGUGUCAGAGACUCGGUGUCCCACACCACUCAACCCGGCAAUCCCUCCCAGACAGCAGAACCUCCAGUUCUGCUGGACCUCCCAGAAAACAGAUCAUCUGUCUUGCUGGUGCGAAAUUCCCCAGACAGAUGCACUGGUCACUUUGAUGCCAUUGCCCAAAUUCGAGGGGAGGCCUUCUUUUUCAAAGGAAAAUACUUCUGGCGCCUAACACGAGAGAAGAACCUGGUGUCUCUGCGUCCGGCUCAGAUCCAUCGAUUCUGGAGAGGCCUUCCGCCCAACAUCGACAGCGUGGACGCCGUUUACGAGAGGCCCGCCGAUCACAAAAUCGUUUUCCUUAAAGGGCUUAAAUACUGGGUAUUUAAAGACAAUAUCGUGGAGGAGGGUUACCCGCGUCCGAUCAGCGACUUCGGCCUGCCUUUGGAGAGCGUGGACGCGGCCUUUGUGUGGCUCCACAACGAGAAGACCUACUUCUUCAAGGACAGCCGCUACUGGCGCUACGACGACCACCUGAGACGUAUGGAUCAGGGCUACCCAAAGGACAGCACGCUGUGGAAGGGGCUCCCGCCGCACUUGGAUGAUGCCAUGAGGUGGUCAGACGGUUCGUCUUACUUCUUCAAAGGGACGGAGUACUGGCGCGUGCCGAACAGCGACAUGGAGGUGGAGGCGGACUACCCACGCCUCAUCGCUAAAGACUGGCUGCUGUGCACAGACAUGCAGUCGGACUCGCCGGGCGCAGAGGCCAAGAGCACCGAGAGCCGGGUCAACGUACCCCCUCGCCCCGAUCACGCCGAGAACGGCUAUGAGGUUUGCUCCUGUACCUCGGACGGCGCCUCGCCUUUAGGGGCCCGGCCCUCCCCGUUACCCUUGUGGCUGCUGCCGCCUCUUUGGACGCUCUCGUUGGCCCGCUGCCCUCUACUGCUAUGAUGCCAAAACACAGGAAGUACUAUUGAGUGACUGGUAGACAUCCAGCUUCCGUUCAAACACGGAAUAUUCUCUUUAUAUUAGUACUCAUUGCUGUACUUUUUGCUCUCGUUUCUCUCUUAUUUAUUUCUCAAGCCAUGUGAUGUUUCUCAAAGCCUUGCAGUGUAUAUUGUACAUACGAUACAGUUACCAUCCUGGUGAACUGUAAUCCAUUCCUCAUACAGGCAAACAUAGUUAAUGCUUUAAAAAAUGAGACGAUAUGAAGUCUUGGAGCAGCGACGUAAAGAAUUUAAUUACAUGAAACGAAUUCAGAGUGAGGAGGGACAUUUAGAAUGCAGACACGGCAGCUGGCAGUUUGACCUUUUUCAAAAGACGCAAUGUGCGAUUGCUAAAUCCAAUUAAUAAAAAGGCAACAGGGCUCAAGACAGGAAAUUAUAUUGGACUUUGGCCACACCGGUUUCACUUAAGAUCACUUUGAAAAUUGUUAUUCUCCUCGAGGUACAACCACCUCUGCAACGCCUCCACAAAUUCAAAUGUUAUAAUAACAUUCCUAAUAUAUUGAUAGUGGACAAAGUGUUAAGACUGUAACACAUCCAUGUUUCAAUUCAAUGUUCAACAGGGACCACCUGUGCCUAUGCGAUUUCCGUUUAUUCUAAAAUAUGAUGAUAUCAACGAUUAUUUUAAUAACCGAUUAAUCAAUGACUCAGACAAGAAAAUCUUCUUUCCAAUACAUUUUUUAUUCAAAAACACAACAUGAUUUCAAAUUGACCCUGAAGAAAUUGCACAUACAAAUGCCUUUUGAUUCAGUGACUGAUUUGAUCCGUAGCACGAGUACAAGUAAAUGUUUUGUCGUUGACUCAACACAAAUAAUCAGUCUGUUUUUAUGUACGACUACAGAAAACAUAUGGAAUUUACUGUCGAGAAGCUGAAAUUUCAAGCAUUGAUUAUAAAAAUGGAUCCAAAGGCCGCAUCCAUCAUUCCCCAAAAUGAUCAGUUAAUUUCAUGAUCGAUGAGUUUAAUCUUAGGCAAGAGUAAUAAUGGAUAGUAGUGAACGUCUAUGAGAAGAAAAACAACAGGAUAAUGCGCAUAAUUCACUUCUGUGAUCUUAGUUGUUGUUGUCGCACCUCCCUUGCUAUGGGCGACAUUAACGUUUUUCAUUAAAGCCUCCCCCAUGCCAUAAAAGGACAUUGCCAGCCCUCAGUCUCGCAUGUAUGGACAAUAAAGGUCUUCCUGUUGCUCAUACAAGUACAUGAAAAAGCCUUUCUGCAAUAUAAGGAAUUCAAAAGUUCUCAGUUGCCCUUUCAAGGAAAUGAAAAAAAGUCAGGAUGCCCAUAUAGGACUUUAUAGGCUCUAAGUUUCCCAAUAAAUACACUUCAAGCCGCCGUGUGCCUAUAUAAGGACAUAAAAAGUCCUUUCGUUUGCCCACAUUAGCUGGUGGAGGGGAAAUAAAUUAAUUACAAAUAAUGAUCAUGGCGAGUGAUUUGGUUCUGGCAAAAGACAUUUAUCCCCACGUGACAGGAGACGCUUUCCGAAAGCAUGAACCCGGGCAACGUGGUGGCAUUCAAGAAUAUUUUCGCUGACUGGCACCCUGACAUGUAUCUGACAGGUGAAUGCAAUCCUCCCAUGUUCCGGUGAGAUGGUUAGCUUUACAGGUGUCCCCGGGUAGAAUCAUGCUGGAGCCAACAAAUGACUUUUUGUUUUCAUUCCGACAGAUCCUGUCUGAGACUUUGGUGUGUCAUUGUUCCUCUCGCUUGUUAGCGCUGAGAACUUUUUGUUCAAUGGAUCAUUUUCAGCCGCACCGUAAAUACAAAAAAAGCCGAAGAAGCUUGGUUCAAUGCUUUCUGUUGACAAAGCUUUCUUUCCCUCCAUCACUGAACUCUUUUUUAAGGUGACAAGCCUGCAACGAGAUUUAUUUAUUUUUCCUCCCCCAUUUCGGUCAAACCAGCUGCAAUUUGAAAGCAAGAAACAAGUAUAUUUCAAUCGUUCCUAGUGGAGUGUAUAUUUCAAGGUGUGUUUUAUAAUGUCAGAUAUUUUUGUAAGAAAAUAAAUCUCACGCUGUUUGGAGCAUUA